GAAGACAACGACAAGGCACCCACGGGACCCCUCUACAUGUAUCCGAGCUUCGACGAUGUGGAAAACAUUGAGUAUUACCAGCCUGGAGGAUACCAUCCAGUAAGGAUGGGAGAUCGAAUCGGAGGACAAUACAAGAUCAUUCACAAACUUGGCUAUGGCGGAUUCGGAACUGUCUGGCUUGCUCGGGAUACCGAAAAACAACGAUACGUCGCCCUCAAAAUCAUCCUUGCCGACUUCUCUAAGGACGCGAUGGAGAAAGACUUGAACGUUUUGAAGCAUCUGGCAGGGCACGUUGAGCGGCCUGGUGGGAACUUUGUUGAAAUCCCCCUCGAGGAUUUCUGGAUCACGGGACCGAACGGAAACCAUCUCUGCAUUGUCUCUGAAGUUGCUGGACCAAGCAUUGCCCAUCUCACCAGAACGUACAAUUCCAAGAUCGAGCCACAGGAUGCGCGAAGGAUGGCGCUUCAAAUCACGCAAUGCCUGGCAUUCCUGCACUCCGGAAAAGUCGGUGUCGCACAUGGAGAUCUCACUACCAGCAAUGUCCUCCUCGAACUCGGCAACUUGGAUUCCUUGCCCCAAGACAAGCUUCUUGAGAUCUUAGGACAGCCAGCCGCGGAGCAGGUCAGGCCAUACACUGACAAAACACUAGGCGCCGGUGCUCCAGACUUCUUCUAUCAUUCCGCCACCUUGACGAGGCUGAGCAACUUCUUCACAGGAAACAUCGUAGUCAUCGACUUUGGUACUUCCUUCUUCUUGGACAAGCCACCAGCGGGUCUCAGCAAACCACCCGUUCAAUUUUGCUCUCCUGAACUCAUCUUACAGAAGCAGAAGAGCAGAGCUUCUGACGUCUGGGCUCUUGCCUGUACCAUCUUUGAGGUGAGGGCUGGAAGUCCGUUAUUUGAGUCAUUCAUUUUUGGAGAAGAGGAUGUGCUGGAGUCAAUAAUUGGAACUCUCGGUCCGCUCCCUGAACAAUAC